GACUUAUAACCAGCAGAGAGUGAAGGAAGGUGUCACACAGCAGUCAUGAAUGAGUCCUUUGAAAAAGCCGUAGAGGAGGUGAAGAAUCUGAAACAGAGACCAGGCUACGGCGAUCUGGGGGAGAUGUACGGUUUAUAUAAACAAGCCACAGUCGGGGAUGUUAACAUAGGUCGUCCGUCGAUAUUUGACCUCGCAGGACGCGGGAAAUGGGAUGCAUGGGAACGAAGAAAAGGCUUGGGCAAAGACGAGGCGAAGGUGGCAUAUAUCGAAUUGGUGGAGGACCUGAAGAUAAAAUAUGGGAUCUAGAGUCACUUUCUCACCUUCUGUAUUAUUUCCAACAUCACAUUUCUCACUUUGUUCAAUAGACAACACAUUGGACUUCAUGUAGAACAGACAUCACCUGCUAUUUCAUUCCUGCGUUAGACCACAUGGAGAACGUUCUGAUCGCUCAUAAUGAAGCGAGGGUCAGCAUGUGAUCAGCUUCUGUCUCGAUUGCUAUUCUUUUUAAGGGCAAACACAAUGUACAUUUUCAUAUAAAAAUGUUAAAAUAAAAAGCAUUGGUUCACAA